CAGCGGGUGACGGAGGUUCCUGUGCCUAGGGGCGAUCAGGGAAGCUGGGGUGGGAGAGUCUGUUUUGUUUUUUUUUUGUCUUCAGUCCCGGUUCUCUCCGACGCCCCGCGGAUUGAGGGCCCUACCAUCAGGACCCGGUGACUGUACCCUAAUGUGAGCUGGAGCUGUGUGACUCGACACGCCCGUUUGGGACUGUUUUCGCCUAAAAGGGAAGUGGGAGGAGGGCAGCGCCGGGAGAGGCCUUCUGAGGACCAGGUUAGAGGGCUCUGCGAGGCCCCUUUCUGAAGGUUGUGGAAGGAGAACGGAACUCUGUCACGGCCUUGGGUUUAAAGGGCAGCAAUAAAACCUGUUUGAAUGGCAGCUCUUCUUCUGUCGCUCUCGGGAUUGUGGAGAAAGGCCUCUUCGCCUUGUCUGAGUUAGCGGAGGGUCUCCCCAAAGUGUUUUAUUGUAGUUAAGACUAUUUAGUAAUUCAAAGUGGGCUGACAGUGUUACCAAGUAAAUUCUUAGGGGCUUACUUUUAAGAAGAGAUGAGUAAUAAUAAUUUGCGUAUUUCUCUGGGUACAAACCUGAGCCUUGGAUGUUUUUAAAUUUCUACAGAAAUUUUUACCUGUUUAAAUCAUUCUGUCUUGAUUUUUGGAAACAUCACAAAUUCUCAGUUACCUCUACCAAACCCGUUGCUGUCAAGUUGAUUCCUACUCAUAGCGACUGUAAUAUUAGUGGAGUUGAAAUAAUCCUGACUACUUGGCCAUUUGGUUUGAUUAUUAAAUAUUUGAAAUGGAAUAAUAUUCAAUUGUCUUUCCGUUGUUUAUUUUGGGGUCAUUAAUAAUUAUCAACUAUUUUUUAAUGAGUAUCUAUAGUGUGUAAGAUACUUUGCUAAGUCCUGAGAGUAUAAAAUGUUGGGAUAUUUUAAUUUAUUACAAUAAUUUUUCCUAAUCUCAUCCCACAGUGAUGGUCAUUGUUCUCCAGAACAGGGAUGGAGGAAAUGUUGGUCCAGGAAGCAGCAGGAUCACCAAGGGUCCAGUUUCAGUCUUUGGACACCCAGUCUGAGGGUCUGUCCCCAGAGCCUCAGUUCGUACAGGAGACCGACAUGGAACAGGGACCCACUGGGGCUCCACCUGUUCCCCAGGUACCUGCUCUUCCCCACUCGGGAAGCCCAGGAGACCAGGCAGCUGCACUCCUGACAGCGAGGUACCAGGAGUUUGUGACAUUCGAGGAUGUGGCUGUGUACCUUACUCGAGAGGAAUGGGGAUGCCUGGACCCUGUUCAGAGAGAUCUCUACAGAGAAGUGAUGUUAGAGAAUUAUGGGAACGUGGUCUCACUGGGAUUCCCAUUUUUCAAGCCUGAUGGGAUCUCCCAGCUGGAGCAAGAUCUACAGGUCUUUGAUCUGGAAACUAAGAAUAGAGAAGUCUUAAAGAGACAGCUUCUCAGGUAAGUAAGGCAAAAUCAAUCAGAUAGAAUUAGUAGGAAAGUAAAGUCCAACUGUUGAGACAAGUUGUAGUUUCUCUGAUAGUCAGAAUGAAGAGCUCCUUCCUUUUCCCUUCAGUUUGACUCUGUUUAGUUCCUGAUUAUCCACGGUUGUAUGAGGUCCCUGUUCAAGUUGCUUACAUAUAUUUGUUUUGAACUAUUCCCCUAUUAAUCUCCUUUGAAUCACCCAAUUGGUUAUCUUCUUACCCUGCUGACCGUGCCAUCUGUUUCUACUACACCCUGAGCCAUCUGAAUCCUACCUUACUGCUUCUGUUCAUGCACUUCAUCUGUUGCUGAGAUUUUGUGGCUAUUUUUCAGAGCAAAUAAACUUGUCUUAUCCUGGUAGAUACUAGCUUAUUUUGUUUUCUCCUUUCUAAGUUUUCUUAUUCUAAGCACAGGGUACAGAUUAUAUUUGCAUUUUCUAUUUAUGUAUCAGAUGGAGACACCAGUGAAGAGAACAAAUUGUUGAUUCCUAAGCAGAAAAUUUCAGAAAUACAUUCAUACAAGGUGAGAGUAGGAAGGCUCAACCAGGAUAUUGCUCAAGUUCCGGAGACCAGAGAAGUAUGUAAACCUGAGGAGAGGUUAGAAAGGCUUCAGGAAGUUUUAAGGAAAUUUCUCUCCCUGGAGAGAAAGUUUAGUAAAAUAGCAAUCAGCAUGAAAACCUUCACCAGCAAGAAAAGCAGUGAAUGUAAUGAACCUGAGAGAUGCUUCACUCUGGACUUUAGCCUUGAUACAGUAGAGAGAGUUCUUAGAAUAGAGAAUAUGACAAAUGUAAGUAUGACAUGAGCCUCAACCAGAAUUCAGUUGCUAUUGAACACAAAUAAAUCUAACACAUAAUUUUCAGAGUAGUGAAUCUAAGGAAGGCUUAAUGGAUAUCUCCCAUCUUAGUAAAUAUGAAAGUAUUCCUACCACUGAGAAAUCUUAUAAAUGUGAUGCAUGCGGGAAAAUCUUUCAUCAGAGCUCAGCCCUUACUAGACAUCAGAGAAUUCAUACUAGAGAAAAAAACCUACAAAUAUAAAGGAUGUGAAAAAUCUUUCAGUCAAAGCUUAAAUCUUAUUCUACAUAAAAGAAUACACCCGAAAGAAAAGCCCUAUAAAUGUGAAGCAUCUGAUAAACCCCAUAGUCAGAGCUCAGACAUAAUUCAGCAUAAGAGAAUUCAUACCAGAGCAAAAUCUUAUAAAUGUAGCAAUUGUGAAAGAGUCUUCAGUCAUAGUGUAUAGCUGACUCAGCAUCAGAGAAUUCACAGUAGAGAAAGGCCCUGUAAGUGUACUGUACGUGGCAGUGACUUCUGUCAUAACUUCAUAGCUAAUUGAAAAUCAGAGGGUCCACACUGGAGAGAAAUCCUGUGAGUCCAAUGACUGUAGGUUGUCUUUAUUAAGCAUUAAGGAAUUCAUUUCAUAAAAAAAGCCCUAUAUAUGUGAAGACUUCAGAUUGAAUUCACAUCUUGUUCAGCAUCAAA